UUUAAAUCCCUCAGACAUGCGUAGAUGCUGAAUGCUACUGGGUGCGCCAUAUUGCUGUUUUACUAGGGUAGUGGAGUUAGCGAAGCCGCUUGGAAAACCAAACCCGUUUCCGGACAUGAAACCCUGAGAGGAUAAUAAGUGAAUAAGCGCGGUAGGAUUUAUUAGUUUGCUUGACUGCAGUGUGUUUCAUUUGUUACAUUGCUUGCCAUUUUAAGAAGAGAAGAGGGGUUCCCGUUAAACUCUGAGUCCAAUGGAUCCCAGGACCGCUUGGAUCCAGCCGGAGCAGAAGGUACCUGCCAGUACCCUGUGGAUGCACAUUUGGCGAACCCCUCAGGAAUUCGGAGCAGGCUCCGGUAUCGACAGCCGCCUUCAACACCAACGUAACUUUGCAGCGCAGAGCGCAAACUCCACGGACUCACGCGGUGAGUAUUGCAGAAAUGUAGCACCGCCACCGAUGGUAGUGUUGGGGAACCUGUCGAAGCGAGACGGCAGCGGGGAGAGGGGAAGUGUCCGGAGGAAGGGCUCGUUGUCGCCGUCCUCCUCCUCUUUGGACUCGGAGGCCGAGAGUUCCUCGCCCUCUGGUUCCUGCCUGCACAUCGACAAUUUGAGCGUUACAGAAGAGGCUAACCAGUUCUUGCACUACGGCAAGCAGGAGUUGAAGGAGAACAGUCUCCGACAGCAAUACCCUCUAACCCCUUUUCACACUGUUCAGCAACACUGGCGCAGCAUGCAACAAUCUACCGACCACACCCCCCCUGGGAUAAGAAAUCAGCAUGGGAACAAGCACCACUAUCAGACACAUUCAUCCAGCCGCAGGAAGCACCUGAACAGGGCCAACACUUUCCACGGCAUCAACCCCCUCCUGUGCUUCGACUCCAAUGGACAUCAUCCAGACUCUAAUUGUAGCCCGUGGAAAACCAGGCGCUACAGCCAGGGCAUCAAUGGUCUUCACGAAGAGAUUAUGGACUUCUUCAGCUUCAUGUCACCAAAACCAGAAGAAGAGUCAAUGAGAAGGGAUGUAGUGAACAGAAUAGAGGGGAUUAUCAAAGAUUUGUGGCCCACAGUACAGGUGGAGAUAUUUGGCAGCUUCAGCACUGGAGUUUAUCUUCCAACAAGUGACAUUGACCUGGUGGUGUUCGGAAAGUGGGACCGUCCUCCGCUGCAAGAACUGGAGCAAGCCUUGAAAAAACACAAUGUGUCCGGCUCACAUCCCAUCAAACUCCUUGACAAAGCUACAGUGCCAAUCAUCAAGCUUACAGACUGUGAAACACGGGUCAAAGUGGACAUCAGCUUUAAUGUAGAGACUGCAGUCAAAGCAGCACAGUUCAUCAAAAGCUACCUUAAAAAGUACCCCGUUCUGCCACCCUUAAUCUUCGUUUUGAAGCAGUUCCUGUUGCAGAGAGAAUUGAAUGAAGUCUUCACUGGAGGCAUUAGCUCAUACAGUCUUAUACUAAUGGCCAUCAGCUUCCUGCAGCUACACCCUCGGAUAGACACGAGCCGUCCCAACAUUAACCUGGGCAUCCUGCUGAUUGAAUUUUUUGCACUGUACGGCCGUGAUUUCGACUACAUUAAGACCGCCAUCAGAGUGAAAAAUGGAGGAGCCUACCUGUGCAAGGAGGAAAUGCUCAAAGAAAUGGAGAAUGGAAACAGACCAUCAUUGCUCUGCAUAGAAGAUCCAGUCCAACCAGGCAACGACGUGGGCAGAAGUUCAUAUGGGGUUCUGCAAGUCAAGCAGGUUUUUGACUUUGCCUACAUGGUACUAAACCAUAGUGUUUCUCCACUUUCACGUGCAUACCCUAACAAAGACUGUGACAGUACUCUGGGAAGACUCAUCAAAGUCAGCCAAGAGGUCCUGAAAUACAGGGACUGGACAAUCCAGAAGUGGGGUGCCAAGCAGUAUGCCAAGCUGGGAAACCACAGAAUGUUGUCUUCAACUUCUGAUGUUGAGGUUUGCGAACAGGAUCUGGCCAGGCUGAUGCUGGGUGGGGAUCAAAGAGACGCAUCCUCCCCGCUCAGUGCCGACUCCCCGUCACCAUCUCCAGUUUUCGUUAACAGCCCCCAUCACCGUUUGUCCUCAUCCUCUGCUUGCUCGCUCUCCUCUUCUUCCUCUUCUGGAAGUGACAUAGAAUCUGAAUCCCCUCACGGCACCAAUACUACUGUCCAAUUCCAUCCCCUGACCUUCCAGUCAAUGUUUCAGAUGACUACUAACCUGAGGACUGCGCAUCCAGCAGGCUUUAUUCACACAAUGCAUCAGAUCCAGAUGUCCCUCCCAGAAAACAUAGCCAUCCCCCAUCUCUCCGAUUGCCGCUUCUACCACGAGACUCCUCCUUCCAUCGGCGUUGUGCACCGUCAUUCGCCACAAGUCGCACCACAAACCCCUCAAAUCUCACAAUACAUGAACUCUACCAGCCCUCUCCUAAGUCCCCACCACCACCAACAACAACUUCACCACCCUCAGGUAGGAGGACUGCAAAGCCGCUCUUAUGCCAUGGGAUCCAAUUCCCACGGUUCACUGGAGCAUCCCAAACUUGUCUUCAAGCACAAUCAGUGCAGUAACCUCCAAGGCCAAAGUCACGUUAACUUCAGUCCUCAGCGCAGAUUUGUUCCCCAAGUUCAUAACGCUACAUCGGGUUUCAGGAACCAGCAGCAGUACGGCCGUAACGCCUGUCGACGCAAAAAGAAGGACAAUUUUCCUGCCUUGAACCAAAUCAGAUGAAAGAAUACACCUACAGUAUUUGUCCCAACUGGUUUCUGAAGGCCUCUCUACAACCAUCAAAGUGAUCAUGUGAUGAUACUUUUCUUUUUUUGAAAUCUUGAUAUGGGAGGCUGUCAAAAAUGCACCUUAUCGUGCUAGCAUUCCCAAGUCUGUUCACUAUGCCGCACACUUCCUGUCCGAAAACUGAAUUUAAAUCCAUGACUGAACUCAUUUUGUUACAUCUGUCUGAAGUCAGAAGCCCCUCUCUCAAUGUGACGCACACCAGCACAGACUUGAUUGAGGAUUUUCCAGACUUCACCUUCUCAUCAGUGUUGCUUCCUAGUUUAUUGAGCAGCUCAAGUCAAGUAGAGUUUCCAUGGAACUCGGACCUUUUUGAACAUCGUGUGCCAUUUUACUGAACUGGUUCAUCGAGCCUGGCAUCUCUUGAACUUUUGACUCUUGUCGGGGCCCAUCUCAUCAGGUUUGGGGGCUCAUUUGAUCCUGUGAAUGCAACACCCUAUUAGCUGAACUCUUCAUGAAGAGCCCCUACAGCUAGGGCUAUUACUACAACUUGUACUCUGGAUCGAAGCACUACCUUUCUACCUAUGCAGCUCAACGCUGACAGUGUUUUUGGUGUGACGGCACAAAAAUGGACCUUAUCGCAAGUGCUCAAACUGUGAUGACUUGUUUGAAUGUACGAAGUGUUUUGUGUGUGUGUUGGGCAUCAUCCGUUGUCUGCUUCCCUUUUUUUUUUUUUUUUUUUUUUUUUUUUUUUUUUUUUUUUUUUUUUUUUUAAAUUAAAUUGGGUGGUUGUUGUGUUUUAAGAACUUUUUCCCCUCACUAAUGUCUCCUCCCCCCACACACAUUAGCACCUCUGUUUUGUUCUGUACUGUAAACAUUGCCACCUUAUAUUAUGUCUGUUGCAUUUCUGUGCAAUAUUGACCAGUUUUUUUAAUUUAUUCCACUUUUUUUUCUUUUUUUUUCUUUUUUUUAAUAAGGGAGUUCUCGCCACUAUAAGGUUGCUUUUUAUAUUAGCCUACAUUGAUCUGUGCAAUAGGAUUUGAGGGCCUAGGACUGUCUGUUUAAAGCUUUCCAACACAAGAGGGAGCUAUGGUGUAAUGUGAGAAAUGUGCCAAAAAUCCCAUGAUGCCAACACAUAACUAUUGUCAUUUACCAUUGAUUUAUGAUCACUUGAAAUUUUCCCAACUGUCCAAAUAUAGCUCCUCCCACCACUGGUUCUCAUUUUAAACAUAUCACUUAAUUUGGGGGUUUGUUUUUGCUUUCUUCAUUAGUAUUUCCUCUUGAUAGGCUGUGUUGGGGAAAUGCACCUUUUUAGCAGUUAUAUCUUGUUAGUUCAAGAAAAGUUGGUGCUAUUUAUUACCAGCAAAGUGCUUGUUUUCUUGCCUUAUAUCUUUUUUGAUUCUGUUAAAGCAACAAUGUAACUGCCUUUCUAAAUGACCAAAUCUGACCCUCCUCCGUUACAUAGUCGGAGCCUUUUGUGUUUUGUCAGUGGCAACAAAACUGUUGGACUUUUAUUUUUGCCAUACAGCUUGUAGAUGUAAGCUCUGAGAGCAGACUCCGAUCGCAGUCAGUGAUUGUUAGCAUGAGCAGCAUGUCCGUGAGGUGUGUGUGGGUUUUGUUUUGUUUUUUCCCCUAAAUUGAUAAGAGUAGUUGAUUUGUGCAAGAGGGCCUUGUAUUUUUUUCCAGAGGUUUUCCUCUGCCAUCUUUAAAGUCAGUAUUUCAAAGACAGUUUCACAGCUAAAGUUUACAUAGCGACUUGUGCUUGGCAAACCAGAGAUCAGAGAUUUAUUGUUACAAGACUUUUGGCUGAGGCAAGAGUAAAAAUCACUUAAAGUCUCGUGUUUCGAAAGUCAGAUUAUUGUAACAUGCCGUGUACCAAACUGAUGGACACAUGAUGCUGUCAGCUUUUUUUUUUUUUUU